UUUCUCGGGGUUUGACCAGCUGUCCCAGGCUAACCCUGCUCUCUGAAGAUGGAGGAAGUAAAAACAGGAUUACCCUUAGCUACAGCUCCACUGCCUUAGUUUCCAUAGCCAACUGCCGUGCACAAACACACCUCCACUAGGCAGAGAGAGCCGACACUAAUAAAAACACAAACAAAAGGGUGAUGGAAGUGAUUCACUGCCUGCGCGGCUGAGUAUGUGCCAUUCCUGAGCGAGUUUCCCCGCCGGCUCAUCCCCGGGGCUGCCCGGCUCCCCGGCUCCGCAUGCCCCACCUCACUGCACUUUGACUAUGGAAGCAGAGGCUGCUGAUGGAUAUAUAACAUGUGACAAUGAGCUUUCGCCCGAAAGGGAGCACUCCGGCAUGGCCAUUGACCUCACCUCCAGCACACCCAAUGGGCAGCAUACCUCCCCCAGUCACAUGGCAAGCACAAAUUCAGUAAAGCUAGAAAUGCAAAGUGAUGAGGAAUGUGACAGGAAGCCCCUGAGUCAGGAAGAUGAGAUCAGGGCUCACGAUGAAGGAAGCAGCCUGGAAGAGCCCCUCACUGAGACUAACGAGAUGGCGGAUAACAGAAAGAUCCAGGAGCUAUCGAGCGAGGGAGGAAUCCGGCUUCCGAAUGGUAAACUGAAAUGUGACGUCUGUGGCAUGGUUUGCAUUGGGCCCAAUGUGCUAAUGGUACAUAAAAGGAGCCACACUGGUGAACGCCCCUUCCACUGUAACCAAUGUGGAGCUUCUUUUACCCAGAAGGGGAACCUGCUGAGGCACAUCAAGUUGCACUCUGGGGAGAAACCGUUCAAAUGUCCCUUCUGCAGCUAUGCCUGCCGACGGAGGGACGCCCUCACAGGACACCUCAGGACGCACUCUGUGGGGAAGCCUCACAAGUGCAACUACUGCGGCCGGAGCUACAAGCAGCGCAGUUCGCUGGAGGAGCACAAGGAACGCUGCCACAACUAUCUGCAGAACGUCAGUAUGGAGGCUGCCGGGCAGGUCAUGAGUCACCAUGUACCUCCUAUGGAAGAUUGUAAGGAACAAGAGCCUGUGAUGGACAACAAUAUUUCUCUGGUGCCUUUUGAGAGACCUGCUGUUAUAGAGAAGCUGACAAGCAACAUGGGAAAGCGUAAAAGCUCCACCCCACAGAAGUUUGUGGGUGAAAAGCUCAUGAGAUUUGGCUAUCCAGAUAUCCCCUUUGAUAUGAACCUAACCUAUGAGAAGGAGGCUGAGCUGAUGCAGUCUCACAUGAUGGACCAAGCCAUCAACAAUGCAAUCACCUACCUUGGAGCUGAGGCACUUCACCCCCUGAUGCAGCACACACCAAGCACAAUUGCAGAGGUGUCCCCGGUCAUCAGCUCAGCUUACGCUCAGGUCUAUCAUCCGAACAGGAUAGAAAGGCCCAUUAGCAGGGAAACAGCUGACAGUCACGAGAACAACAUGGAUGGCCCGAUCUCCCUCAUCAGACCAAAGAGUCGAACCCAGGAUAGAGAGGGCUCCCCCAGCAAUAGCUGCCUGGAUUCUACUGACUCAGAGAGCAGCCACGAAGACCGCCAGUCCUACCAAGGAAACUCUGCCUUAAAUCCCAAGAGAAAGCCAAGCCCGGCUUAUAUGAAGGAGGACGCCAAGGCUUUGGAUGCCACAAAAGCUUCUAAGGGCUCUUUAAAGGAUAUCUACAAGGUCAUCAAUGGAGAAGGGGAGCAGAUUAGAGCUUUCAAGUGUGAGCACUGUCGCGUCCUUUUCCUGGACCAUGUCAUGUACACCAUCCACAUGGGCUGCCACGGCUACCGGGACCCGCUAGAGUGCAACAUCUGUGGCUACCGAAGCCAGGACCGCUAUGAGUUCUCGUCGCACAUAGUCCGAGGGGAGCACACAUUCCACUAGGCCUUCUCAUCCAAAGGGGACUCGUAUGAAGUAGAAGAACUGCACAUGAAGAAAUACUGCACUUACAAUCCCACUUUUUCCUCAGACAUUGAGACGCCUAUUUUGUUGUUGUUGCUGUUGUUGUUGUUGCUGUUGUUUAAUUAUUAUUAUUAACCUUAUUUUUUGUGGACCCAACCUCAUUUGCUCUGCCCAGCUUAAGAAUGGAAAGAAGGAAGGGAAGGGAUAAAACAGGGGAUUGUUGUUGCUGUCACUUUUUGGUGAGUGACCUGCCUCGCUUUCUGUGGGAAUUGAAAGGCAGUCCGUUUCUGUCUCAAUCAGCUGUACAUCAUGUCCUGUUUCGGGAUAUCGCUCAACCCUGCUAGGUGCUUUAAAGUCCCAAUGAGAUGCCACUCGUACAAUUUCAGAUGAAUAGGUAGAAACAUUUUGGAGGAGAGCCUUUGUCAAACGUGUAGAUACGGUGCAGGGUGUUGGUGGCUGAAGGAGGGGGGAACUUUAUUCUGCAGAAUGAACAAUUAUUUUUAAAGCAAAACUGUUAGGGGUUUAGGAGCACGAAUCAAAGUCGAUAUUACUUUCUAGGGUGAGCUGUUUUCCUGGGUUCAGUGUGUAUUGCCCCUCUAGAAUGUUUAAAAAAAAAAAAAGAAAAAAGAAAGAAAAAAAAAGAAAUGUAUGUCUUAACACUGUACCACAUUACAGCAGUUUAGUUUCAUAAGUCUGAGGGCCUUCUGUGGUAAGUCCGAGGCUUUGUAUUUUUAUUUUCCUUAACUUAUGAAGCACCUUUUUUAGAAUUGUUGAUUUGCUGUUACUCCAUGCCUAUGUGUUGACUCACUGGCUUCUUAGAGACCCUCGGGAGCCUUACUUACUUAGUUGCACCCUAUGUUUUAAGAAACAGCAUUUAGAAAUAACAUUUAAGCUUGCUUCUGGGACAGUAAGUAGCCUAGGAGUGGGUGAGAGAGUCUGUAGUUUACUCAAGAGGUUCUGCUGCUCAUCUGAAAUAAUUUUGUUUUAAAAUUACAGAUUUUAAAAUGACAAAAGUACUAGUAGCAAAGCAUUCUUUAAAUAUAGGUGUAUAUAGAGAUAUAUAAUUAUAUAAAUAAUUUCUCAUUCUAUUACCACAGUGUUAACCUCUUGGCAACAGCCUAAACUAAGACUUGCAGUUGGGAAAAUGCUAGGAUCCAGAUCCUUGGCCAGCAUUCAUCCUCUUGGCUCCAUUGAAUUUGGUGGAACUACCCCAACUACUUCAGCUACAUCACAAUCCGAGCCUUGACCAUUUUUUCUCCUUUUGACAUCUUAACUAAUUUUGACAACUUGCUAAUUCAUGGAACCAGUGACUUGCUUUUGGUUUUAAGUCAUCAAUUCUGCUUUAAUUUAGGGGUGGAAGUGUUUGCAGGUUUUGCUAGAUAGCCUUUGCUCUGGGAGAGCACAGAAGCCCUGCAAAUGAACAGAUCACAUAUGACCUUCCUUACUUCUUCAGAAAGUGAUACAUGGAGAUGCAGGUGCUGUGCUUUGAUUUGGUUUUGCAGAUGUAAUUUUUAUUCCCAAUUUAUUGAUUUUAUUCUAGGGAAAACAAAUGGAGAAAGAAACUCCAGAGCAAGUCCUUGAAUUACAGACUGGACAAGGGAAAAAAAAACACCACCAAUCUGUUUUGUUUCCUUUCUUUCUCUCCCAAUAAAAAACAAAGCCAGCAACCACCCAGCAAGUUGCAGGUUACAUCAGUAAAAACUAGGCUUAAACCUACAUGACAGAUUGCCAUUGAAACCCAACUGUUUGUACCAAUCACAAUUGAAAUGUUGUUGUUUGGCAACAAGAGCACAGCUUGAGAAUGGAAAGAUCUGCAUGGGUUUAACCCCCUCUGUGCACACGGUCUCCAUGCGCUUGGUGAGACCUUUUCCAAAGUAUAAAGUUACUAAAGUAUAAAAGAGAGAGCAAGAUCAGGCCAUAAUGAAUUCCCAUCUGCUCACUUCAAUCUGCGUACUCGAUGCAUAUGCCAGUUUGCUGUUCGUUUUGAGGGUACUGGGUUUUUUUUUCUUCUUCUCUUCCUAGACCUGGAGCAUUUGAAAGUAGGAGCUGAGUGGUAUUGAUUGAAAUCUUUUUAUGGUGACAUUCUUGGCAGCUAGAACCUGUGUUUAGAAAGGAUACAGUAGAUCAUGGCCAGAUUACCUGAUGACUGCUUCCCAGCACUGAAAUGCUAUUAAGUAGGAGCUGGUAAAGUCUUGCAGUAGCCUAUUAAUUAUAAUACAAUAUGGAGAGAAAUGUCAUCUUGUGUAAUGUGAGACCUAUCAAGGCUGGGAAUAUACAGGCUUUGGAGAGACAGAUUUAAAGACCUAUUCCCAACAUUGUUCUUAAUGUUGUUGGGUUUCUCCCUCCUCCUUCUUUCUUUGUCCUAAUGUAGAGGAAACUCAGGCAAAUGAACUGCUGCCAUCCUCCAGACCAUUCUCAUUUUCUUGUGCUUGGUGCAAUCAAAGGACUUUGUGCAGGAAUAAAACAAGGAGAUGCUGGAGGGCAUCACUUCUAUUCCAUACGGCUGCUUCUCUGCCGCUAUGAAGGUUGGCUUAGGAAGCGGCCAGCCAUGUUCUGCAUCAGGAUGUGCUUGCAAAUUCAGAAAAGAGGGGUUGCUUUUACAGCAUGCCACCAAAAAAAAAAAAAAAAAAAAAGUGGUUGUGAUAUCUGCUGAGACAGGAAAGAUCUUUCAAGAACAAUAUGCAAAGGGAAAGAUGCUGGCCCUGAAGGUCACUAGGCUUACAUGGGCCUCCAGAAAGACAUGUGCCUGAACCAGAGAAAAGGGCUGCUGGCAAUCCCUUUUCAGUCUCUGGGGGACAACACUACGUAUUCCCUUCUGUGGUCAGUGGAAAGAAAGUGGGCUACGGUUUCUUGGAAUAGGUAGCACUAGGGAAAAAGUGUUAAAAAAUUCUGCCCGUGUUUGGGAAAGCACCAGAAUACGGGAAAGGCAGAGAAUCUCUUGUGUAUCCACAAAUAAGUUAGCUGCAAUUAUAUCUGCAGUUCGUUAGUGUGCACUUUCCUUCACUGAUGAUUCAUUGAUACCUCCUGUAGUGUAUAUUCCGUAGAUGUUUAGAAGAUCAGAUGGGGAGGCUCAGCGGUUUAGUAGCUGGCUUCAGUUAAGCCCAACUUCUUGUUCCAAUGGUAGCUUGCAUGAUCUGUACUGAAGCACUGCCCUGUCCCGGUAUCACAGGCACAGAGAACUGGGGAGGCAGUGGGGAGACCGUCUGGUUUAGUUAUGUCUCAAAACCCACAUGUUUUGGAGAGUAAGAAGCCAGAGGGGUUGCAUUAAUUUUUGUUAUCAAUGUCCUUUUCAGAACACUCACUGAAGUUUUUCAUCCUAGAGCUAGAGGAAGGAGAAAGAUUAAAUUCUUGUUCAAAUUUUGAACAAAGUUUUGGACUAGCAUUUAUUGUAGCCUUCACUUCCUACUGAAAAAAAUUGGAGGGUUUUAGAUAAAGCAAUUUGCCCCUACACGGAAGUGUGCAUUAUGGGGCCUCAGAGAUCUUUUUUUUUUUUUCCCCCUUGCUUGCUCUCUGCAGAUUUCUAAGAAAAGCUCUUGAGUUUUGUCAAGUCCAUUAGUCAUUCACAGUGUACUAGGAAUUUCAGGAGAUAAUCCUUGGCCUGCGGAUCCAUUUGUUCUAAGUAUUUAGUGUUGGAAAUCAAACCUGGCUGAUUUUUAUUGGACUCUCUUGAAAUUCUUGGAAUCAGGUUUCCAGUUAAAAACAUGCAUUUGCAAAUUUAGAAUUGGCUUCCUGUGAGCAUUCCCCAUUUUAAUUAAAAAAAAAAAAAAAAAAAGCCAUUGCUGCACACAUCCCUGCCAGUAAACCCUUUUGCUUCUUUUUACAUCAAAAAUGGCAAGAUUCUGACUCAAUUUAAGGUAUUGCAAGCCUAUUAAUUGAACUAGAAGUGUGACUGCUUAUUCUGCUCUUGGUAUGAUCCAUAUUCUUGGAGCAAAGGGCAUUAUCUAUAUAUCUGCUGUUAUGGCCAAUGAAUUUUACAGCCACCUCUCUUUGCAAUCAUUUAGGAGUGCACACCAAAAUAUAUAGCAUUUUUCAGUAAAGCUAGCUCUUUACUCAGUAACUUAUGGGAUUAAAACAAUUUUAUUCUCCUUAAAAAGUGCUUCCAUCUAUGAUGUGGUGUGAAAGGUAUCUAGGCAUUAACCUCUAUUGGUCUGUAUUAGAGAGAAAGAACCUAAAUGUGUUAAUUGGCCUGAUUUUUUAAUGGUAGUGGUUUCUACAAUGUGAGGACAGAGCUCACAAAAUAGCCAUGUGGAACUAAAGUAUAUUUGGUAAACAGUGAAGAAAUUCUCGAUUUUAAGAGUUCCCAAAUUUCUUUCUGUUUACAAGGGCAUUCCUAAAUUGGGGCUGUCAGAUAUAAAAGGAGACCACGAAUUAAACCAAACCCUUCAAAACUGGCCUUUAAUAUAGGACAUUACUACUGUUGUCUAGGUGCAGAGCUAGCUUUUUCAUAUUUGAAAGAAGCCAGACAACAGACGUUCCUUCUUCCAGAAAGAAACUUUGGUGAUAAUUUAGGGAAAGGUGCUUAUUUCAGUCAAGGACAAGAGCCCCAGUAAUAUAGUUUCUUCGCUACAUAAUACUCCUUUCCUUAACUCUUCGCUGUGCAUUAUUAAUGUAAUGAGGAGGGAGGAGGGAGGCUGCACUGAUACCUGAGUCGCCUAAACUCAGCAUGGGAUUUUAGGGAAAGUGUGACAAAAUUGGCUUUGAUGUUAGAAAUUUGCAUCUUAGCUUGGCUUAGUAUCAUUUAAAAACAAAAAUGGAUGGCAGUAAUGGCCUGCAGUCUAGGGCAGCUGGAGAUUUUGAGAAAGUAUAUUUAUAUAUAUGGUAUUGUAUAAUUAGAUAUAUGCUUUAUUGUAUAUGUGCCUUUUUCAAAUGCAUUUUGGAAGCUCGUGGUGUCGUUCAUGAUAUCCUACCAUACCCUUUCAGAAUGCACGACAAAAAACAACCCAAAGUAAACAUCCCUUCUCCUAUGGCGUAGUGAGGCAGAUCCCUCUUCCCUUCUGCACCCUCCUCAGCAGCUUGACCGGGAGAGAGGGCCAUCUUGAUCCUUUGCUGUGAGAUUUCCUGGAGCCAGCUGGCUUUUUAGGAGCAGGAAGGGCUGAAAAUUGCCCUAGCAAAGGGCAUUCCAGCUCUCCAGCCAGAGCUGGUCUCAGAGCUGGUCCCAACCAACACAGCGUCCCCAGAGCGACACUGAGACUCGCUGCAAAAGCCCCCGGGUGCCCGUUGCCCUGCAGCGUGCCAGGGCAGCGCGCUCCUGUUUCUCCCCCUCCAGAGCUUUAAGUAAAGCAACUCUCGAAAGUGGAUUUUGCUGUGCUUUUAAGUUCCCGCUUAGGAACAGGAGCAGACUUUAAAGCAUCUGCCGCUUGCUUCAACCUGGAAGAAGAAAUCCAGCAAGAACAAAAGUCCUUUGGAAAUGGUUUGCAAGUUUGACUGCCGUGCUGCUGCCGCCCUAAUAACUGACAGAGAGAUGAGAGAAGCCCACCUGUAGAAGAUGUUGUGGGGGUUUAUUAGCUGGAACACUUUGCUGAAAAGCGCCAUGUUUCUUUUGGUACUUUCCUGGCUGGUUGGUGACCUAGUUUCAGAUCUAGUUAUUUACCCUGCACGGACGGGCGCAGCAUCUAAGCGUGCCGGCCUGGGCAGGGAGGGGACUAGGCCAGCGUGCUUUCGAUCAGACCCCGAGCCCAGCUCCUCGGCACCUCUCCGCUGGCUUCAGGGCCCACAGCAGUCACAGAGAGUAUGUGGAAGGAGGAAUUAGGUAGGAAAGAGGUAGAAUUUGUUUCAUAGUAAAUAUAUUCCCUUUUACCCCAUUAAGAGUUGUCCAGAAGUGGAGGUCAAGGAGAACGUCACUCUAAUUUACCCUCCUACAGCCAUGCCUGGGAGUGAUUUCUGUCCUUCUCCUCCACUGAGGCUCUGAAGUGAACAGAGGACAGUCAGGAGGAGGUGGUGCGCUGACGUUUUGCCAUGCUGCACGCUUAACAGGCCAAGACAACAAUAAAACUGGUAUCUGUUUAAGUCACCUAGGUGUUCAGUUGAUCAUGCAGACAGGCAUUCCCGGUUCCUCUUUGCUUCUGGCCUUUGGGAAGGUGGUUAUCAGUGUGCUCGUGUGGAUCCUCAUCUGGGAGGAUAACUGCCCAUGCUCUCUCCUUCGGUAAAAACUUUUCCUUUACAUACAAAUCAGGGGACCUAAUGGAUAGAAAUGACCAUUUCAACAAAGACUUACAUUGCUGUGGUAAAACCUAAUGUUAUUUAUACAGUUACAAAAAAAAAAUACUGUUAUGUAUUUGCUAGCAGUAUGUGAAGUAUUUUAACAGAGUGAAUGAUGGCGAAGUUAAUUGGAUCAUGUCUUGAGAGGGGCUCGCAUGAUGUGGAUGGACUCUGUUGGGAGAAAGGGAGAGGCUUGGCCCGAAGCUUGGGCAGAUGCUUCCUUCCUGCAGCAGGUGUUGAUUUAGGCGACUGCACUGCAGCCCAAGAAAACAUUUGAGCACGCGAUUAGCCUGCUGCCGUCCCUUCGAUUAGAUCUGGAAGCGCACAGGAGCUUCGCAGUUCGCCGUGUGCUUAAUAAUUACCAUUAUUAGUGAGAUCGGGGCCUUGCUUGCUAAGUGGUGGGGCGCAGCAGCUCUGGUUAGGCCUCAGUCACCAGCUCCCAGUUGGCGGGGCUCUGUGGGGAAGGUUCGCUUACAUUUGUGUAGUAGCCUUAAUCCCUCGCGCUCAGCGGUACGUGAAUACCGGUAGCCUCUCGUCUGUAUUAUCAAUCACAGAUGAAAUACAGACGCCUCCCGCAAGGCACGGUGGAGAGCACGACUCCGUUAUUGGCACAACGAGGCCAGUUUGCAGUAAAUUGGGCCAUUUAGUUUUACCUCAAGUGACAUCGAAUAAGAAAAGCUUCUUGAAGGGUAGAGGUCACUGAAUCCCCUACUAUGCACUUACUGGGAUUUGACAUUGCUUACUGGAAAUGGAUGUUCGUUCCUGAACACACUGUAACAAGGGAAGGACUUUUUGGUUAUUUUUGUAGUCGCUCAGAUUCUGAAACUGUGAUCAAUUAUUUGACGAAUUGUCAAGUGUCCUCAGAGCUUGAACAUAUUCACUUCCUCUGCCAUGUAGCAGUCUCCUCUGGCUUUCAGUGGUUUUCUCUUUCUUUCUCCCCCUUUUCCUUCUCUGAGCUUUAAGUCUGGGCCUGCUCAUAUCUCCUGUAGCUUUGGGCUGUCUAAGGGUUCUGGGGUUUGUUUUUUGUUUGGGUUUUUUUGGGGGGGGUUUUUUUGUUCAUUGGCUGUACAGUCUGUUUACAUAUUUUUGUACUCAAGCGUAGUUUUAUAUUAAAAACAGGAAAAAGAAAAAAAGAUAGUUGAUUUGAGGAAAAAAAAAAUAUUGAGGUACAUAUUCUUUGUAACACUUUAAAGAUCUAGGGUACCUUCCGAGAUGAUUCCACAGUGAUGUAAUUACUGUAUAUUUGCCUUCCUUUUUAGUUGGUUUUAUUUUCUGGUUGUAUUUUUUUUUUUUUCCUAAAAUGUAUAUCUUUCUAUGAGAAACUGGAAACUUUUAAUGCAAAUGUUUAGAAAGACUUAAAAUUGUAAAGUAAAAAAAGUCAUAUAAUUUUUUUUUUCCUGCUGGAAGAAAAUGCUUUAAAAAAAGUUUUACUACUGUUGUAUUCCAGGGUGGGGGUUACCAACCCCAGAUUUGUUUCUUAUGCUUUGUUCUUGGAUCCUGCUUUCUAAACAUGCUUAUUGCAGAAAUGGAUGAUUUGCUUAUAUUAGUUUAAAAAAAAAAAAAAUUCACCAACAAAACCACCUUUUUGGGUUAUUUUUCUGUUCAAGUGCAAUACUUUCCCUGACGUCUUAUUAAUGUACAAUGAUUUCUUUUUUCUUUCCUCAGUCUACACAAAUCAGUGAAACAAAAUGCUCUGUCUUAAAUACAUUCAAAGAUAAGGUUCAACUAACUACGUGAAUUAAGAUUGUGACUGACAAAAGGUGAGAAACUAAAUUAAGGUGAAAGCCCAUACCUUAACUCCUGUUUUUAUUUGACAUUGAAACAUAUCCAGUGUAUGAAUUAAGGACAUACCUGUUCUUGCCUCUUCCUUCAUUUUCUUUUAUAAUUGCAGCUUUCUUUUUAAGUAAAGCACUUAAUAUUGAUGUUUAUUAAAAAUAACAAAAAAAAAAAAAAAAAAAGCUCUUUUGGUCUGAUCCAAAACCCACUCAGUGGAGACUCUUGUUGACUUUGAUGAUGGAUUUUGGAUUAGGCCUAAUGUCUUAGCUAGGGCAAAACUGCCAUUUACUCUAAUGGGAGAGAUUUGCCUGCAUAAGAAUUACAGGACUCGUGUCCUUUAUCUACCUGAGAGACCAGAAAAGCUUCUUUAGACUUGUCCUUGUCUUAUAUAAGUUUAGAUGGGACUUGUUUUACAUAUCAUACAUAUUUAUAUAUAGUGUAUUUUUAAUGCCUUUUUUUUUCCCCCAGUAGACUGAAGCCGCUGUUCUGUAAAUAUGUAUUUAGGUACGUAAUAAAAAAAAAAAAAAUCCCGUUGAGAUUUCUUUGAAAGGCAGUUACUGCGCAUGCACAGUAGCCACUUUUGUCUUUUAAAUUUGUAUUUAAGAUGUUUCUUUUUAAAAUAACAAAGGUGAGGAGACUGUAUCCUGUUCUGAUUGAUUGCCAAAUUAUUUCCCAGACUCUUGCGUUUGAGUUCAAAAAGAAAAAUGCAUUUGGUGGGCGACUGUUGCAGUUGCCCACAGGUUCAUGCUCCUUGGGCCAAAUUCUGGUAACCUCACGUAGGUUGUUCAGGUCCUCCCCCAAACAGGGACCGCACUGAAGCAGUGGGAUCACAGCAAAGCACGCACCAUUUUGUGCAUGUAAUUUCAGGCUAUCAGGUCUGACCUCUUUGUCACGGCAUCUUCCCUGCCUCAUACAGAGUUGCACUCUGCCCACUUUAGUGCUGUUUUCCUGAAGCAAGCCGGGUGAGUAAUCUGGCAAAUGACCACUUUUCUCCCAGGUUACAAACUUUUAGUUCUGUGACAGAUGUUCUGAGCUCAAAUCUUUCAAAAUAAAAAAAAAUAAAAAAAAAUAAAAUAAAAAAAUAAAACCAAACAAAAACAACAGAGAAAUCAGAGUUUAUUCCAAAAGCCAGUGAAGACACUGGGAAUUGUCCCAUUGCUCUACGUGGUCAUUGGAACAUGCUCUUACAAAAGGAGUUCAGAAAUGAUCACUAUGACAGUGGUGCAUGUGAGCAACCCUAAUGUAAACCUGUAUCCCCCUGCUAAAAACGUUUUGCCGCUAUAGACUGAACUAUGGGACUUAUUUUUUUUCCUUCUUAGUAUACAUGCAUACAUAUGGUUCCACAUCUGUAUGUGUGUACUCUGUACAUGUGUGAGUGUUGUACAGCCAUGUGAGAGUGUGAGUCUGUAUGUGUGUAUAAAUAAAAGAAGCUGCAGAAACUUUGUAAUACUUUGUGAAAAGGAUUAUAUUAUAAAGGUUUGUACUGUCUUGAGUGCACAGCUACUGGAAUAAAUGUAGGGAAUCUCAGGAACAAGCAUAUAAUUUGUCCAAGAAUUAUUUCUUCUCAGAAGUGUAAGUGCAGUUUUUAAUUCUGUAUAUUAUUUAAUAUUUUACCAAUAAAAAUAAACUUCUGACACGAAAGGGGUUUCCAUUCAAGCUUUCUGGAAACAUUGGUGUAUACAUACAGUUUUCUUUCUUGCAGCAGGAAACACGCAUGGGAAUUUGGCACUUCAAAUGAAUUGCAUUUCUACCUGAUAACAAAUCCUGUUAAUUAACUAGAGAGACUAAAUGCGUUAUGAGUUGGGGUUAUGAGUAUGGAUUAUGAGACUGGCGAAUUGGGCACAGAUCCACUUUUAAUAUUCAUUGAAGCUAAUGACAUUCCCUUCAUCAGCUUCAGCAUGAGCUAGAGAAGUAUUCCCCCUAAGGUCCUACUACGUAAAAUGGUGGCAUUGGUCACCUGCCAGUUGGUCUACCAUGUUUUUGAAAUGAGUUAGUGGCCCAAGGUCCAACUUUUUCUAGAAAACACUCAGACCACGUAAACAAUUCUUUUGAACGCCUUCCCUCAGCAUGGGUUUUUGGCUGAGUUCCCCUCUGCUGUAUCCAGAGGUGAUCUUCUCAGUAGGGAUUUAUUGGGUAGUUCAUAGCACUUAACUUGUUCUUUCUUUCGUAAUGCAGCUAUCAAUCUGGUAGCAUUCACAGUACAAACUUCAGAAUAAAAGGAAAAUCUCAUGAAGCCUUGUAAGUUGUUUGUUGUUUGUUUUAAGAAUCUCUUGUAAAGUCUUGGUUAAAGAUUAACCAGCCUCUCCCCAUACUAAAAGUGUUCAUCAUUGACAUGAGAACGGAAACUCCUUAAGAUAUCAUCUGAAUAAAACUUAAUCUUCCUUUAA